AUGGCACCACAAAGCAGAAACAGAUUCAAAGUUGCACUCAUCUUGGCUUUCUUCUUUUUCCUCAUUCUUCUACUUCCUGAAUCAGUGAGAGGUGAUAGAAGAAGAAAUAGUUUGGAAGAAAAGAGAGUGAUGAUAGGGUCAAAGCCUCCAGCUUGUAGAAACAAGUGCAUGAAGUGCAAGCCUUGCACAGCAACUGUGGUGGUUCCUAAUCACAAGAGUCAGGAUGAUAGCUAUUACCUUCUUUCAUGGAAAUGCAGAUGUGGGGAUAAGUUCUUUCAGCCAUAG